GGUGGGGGUCAGUACUAUGUGGAAAACUACCCUCACGAAGAGGAAGUUCGUGUCUGAGUCCUGACACUCAGUGAAACUCAUUUGAAUCGAGCCUCCCUGGCAGAGCUGCGGUUUUCAACGUGGGCGAGAUCGCGCUGAUAUAUGGAGAUGUUGGACUCGGGCGGGAGUUUGAUCCGCGAGUGGAAGUCCAGCAUGGAGCACGACGAGUGCAGCUGCUGCGAAGCCCACGGAGGCUUCCGCCGCCAGAGCCCGCAGCUCCUCCAGCGCUACGAGAGGAGCCUCCGGCUGCUGGCGCUGGCGUGCGUCCUGCUCACCUCGCUCACUCUGGCUUCCGUGAUCGCGUUCGUGCUGGUGGUGCGGGAUGAUCGAGCGUCGUCCAAGCAGCCUGCAAAGCAGCCUGACAACCUCUCACCAGGAGGUGAAGCUGAACGGCAGCAGCUCAGAGACGGGGGGAGUCCGAGGGCCAUGCUGACAGCUCCCCCGGAUAACGUCAUUCAGGGGGAAUACCUCCAGUGGGAGAAUGAGACGGGAUCAGCCUUCUGUCACGGAGGGUUCAGCUACUCGAAGGGAAGUCUGGUGGUGCCAGAAGACGGCUUCUACAGAGUCUUCCUGCAGAUCACCUACAGUAAGGAGUGCGGCAGCGAGGACAAGUGCGAGAAGCUGGAGCUCCGCAACAAGGUGCUUCACUACCAUGACAGUCAUGCAAAAGAUAAAUGCAUCCUGUCGUCAUUCGACAGGGUGAGUUGCAGCAUAGGCUGUGAUGAACAGUGGCCCAAGUCCCUCUAUACGUCUGGCAUAUUUGAGCUGAUGGCUAACAGCCUCCUACGCGUGACCUCAUCGCACCCAGGACUCAUUGCGAAGUGGGAACACAAUGUGUUCUUUGGGGCCGAACGUCUGCCUCCUUAACGUUGCUCCAAAUUUACUAAUCUGCUCCACUGCUUCAUCACAUGAGGUAAAAAUCAGAGAAGCUGCAUCCUAUGACCUUUUGACCUUUGACCUUCUUUAGUUGGUAAAUUCAGCAACAGGAUCAGAUGUAAGGUCUGUCCACUCAUGAUCAGAGCUGUUGAACUCCACAGUUUAAUAACAGGUUGACGUGGCACAGCUUGGCUCAAAAUAUUACUGUAAUAUUUCAUGCGGAUCAGUUCUCCACAUCUUGUUAAAAUACCCCCCUCCUCGUCCCCACGUCUGUGUCUGACACACAUACGUUACUAAACCUGUUAAAGCUAAGUUCCCCACAUUAGACUCCACUUGUGUGUAAACACCAGUGCAGGAGUCACACCUGUGACACAUCCAGUUAUCACAGUUAUCAAGCCAACAUCUGUGUGCUGGUGCUGAAUGCCAGACAAUUAAAGUCAAUGUAGCUGUUAUUUUGCCGAGUCGGCUCCAGAGGUGGAAGGUCACUGAUUCUUGUGUUUGAGCACUAAGACAAGUACUGUAAAUAAUUGGUCAUUAUUAAAAAUUCAAGGUGUUUGAUUGUGGAAAUUAAAGCAGAAAUUCACUAAAGUCAUUGCAGUAAAACACCACAUAAUUGUUCAUUCAUGUCCAGGUGUUGAGUGUGGUUAGUUCACUGUCAGCGAAAUUCUGGGAAAUCAUGAAGCCAUUGCUGCUUAUUGUGUUUGUUGUGUGUGUGUGUGUGUGUGUGUGUGUGUGUGUGUGUGUGUGUGUGUGUGUGUGUGUGUGUGUGUGUGUGUGUGUGUGUGUGUGUGUGUGUGUGCGCGUGUGUGCGUGUGUGUGUGACUGGGGUUCAGGACAGCUGAUCAAUAUAGAAGCGGCUUCUCUUUGUUCUACACACGAGGUGCUCCUGCUGCUUCGACAGCCUCUCAGUUGGUGUGUUAUGCAAAUCAUCCUAAUAUUCUUGUGAUAUUUCUACGCUUUUGUGUGUUUGGUUUAAUAAUUCAACUAGGAGGCACGCAGCUGUGCCAGCUAGUAACGACGGGUGUGUCUCUCUCAUUGACAAUGUAAAUAGUUGUCCAUAUGCCAAAUGUUUUCUGUCACUAGCUCAGAUUUCUGGCUUUAUUCCCGAACCAGGCAGCAGAAGUCCAGAUGUUUAACUCAGCUCCAGUUUAUUAUUAGGUGAUUCACCAACUUACUGAUCUGAUCAACACAACCUAUUUUGAGAUGACUCUAUACUUGGGGAGGAUCAGAAGCCUUGUUGCAGAGCUGUUAUGCAUCGUCUGACCUUCUAAUCAUCAACAAAACACAAUAUGGGAGGUUUUAUUACUCUGCUACAAACGCUUGGAAUUAGGAUAUUUGUUCAUCUUACGCAAAGAAUGGCCGAAAAUGCAUUGUUAUUGUACUUUUAUAAUAAACCUUUCUGAAAUGUA